AACAAUCUUUUAAUAUUUAUGUUCUCAAUGUUUUAUUCUCAAAUUCUCAACUAUAAUUAACAAGUAGUAAAUAAACAUAAUUUGACUUUAAAAUAAAAAUUAUAUUAUAUAAUGUUGAAAAAAUAGUGUUUAUUUGCUAAGUAUAUUUAUAAGUAAAAAAAUAUGGAUCCUGCUUUGCUGAGAGAAAGAGAAUUAUUCAAAUUAAAAGCUUCAGCUAUUCCAGUAGUUGAAAAAAGGUUAAGAGAAGACACCAGCAACAAAGAUGAGGUUAAAAGAAAAUCUAAACCAUUACCUUCUAUGCCCAGACCGCCUUCACCGCCAAAUGCUUCAAGUUCAUUAAAUAGUUAUAAGUCAUAUGGGCAAAGUUCUCAGUAUAAAUUUGGUGUGCUUACCAAAAUAGUAAAGUAUAUUAGAGCACGACAUCAGGAUGGAGAUGAUCAUCCAUUAACAUUAGAUGAGUUAUUGGAUGAAACUAAUCAAUUAGAUGUGGGAGCAAAAGUAAAAACAUGGCUAGAAACUGAAGCACUACCAGGCAACCCUAAAAUUGAACGGACACCUGAUGGAAAAUAUAUGUUCAAGCCUCCUUAUAAACUUAAAGACAGAAAAGCUUUGUUAAAGUUAUUAAAACAACAAGAUUUAAAAGGUUUAGGGGGAAUUAUGAUGGAUGAUAUUCAAGAAUCAUUACCCAAUUGUGAAAAAGCUCUUAAGCAUUUGCAAAAUGAAAUAUUAUAUGUUUGUCGGCCUGGAGAUAAAAAAAAAGUUAUGUUCUACAAUGACAAAUCUGCUACUAUUGAUAUUAAUGAAGAAUUUAAAAAAAUGUGGAGGAGUAUUGCAGUAGAAAAUAUGGACGAUGAAAAGAUAGAGGAACAUUUGGAGAAACAGGGCAUAAGUUCCAUGCAAGAUAAUGGUAUUAAAAAAGUAAAUCAUGUAAAACGGAAAAAACCAGUGACCAAGAAAAGAUUAUCCAAAAGACCUAGGGAUAAUGAACAUUUGGCAAAUGUGUUGGAAGAUUAUGAUACAUUGUAAUUCUUUAUAUAAGUAUGUUUAUUAUUUUUUUAUUGUACAUUAAUAAAAAAAAAAUUGUAUAUCAA